CGUCCACAGUUCAACUCCCGCAACUACCGCCUGCCGGAGGGCGACUUCGGUUGCCGUAGUACGUACUACUUCUGCCGCCGAUAUUUGAAUAAGUGACCGCACUAGGGGCACACUGGCGAUUGAGAGAUUAAUUUCGUUGACGCAUCAAAUCAAUGCGGAAGAAUAUGCUCACCAUUCUUGCACAACCCCUCUUCUUGUAUAGGAUUCCCGUCUUGCCAAUAAAAAAGAACAGUGUCAAAUCCAUCCCCAUUGGCACUCCCUGGAUUAUGCCUCUCUUUGCUUGCAUAACAGAGGUUUUAAGUAACUAUAAGCAAGUUUCUACCCAGAUAUCUCCAGAGGAUGAGGAGUUCAGAGAUGAGAACUGGUAUCAAAUUCUCAAUGCUAUAGAAAAUGCUCCAAUGUCUGCCAGAGAAAUAUGCAGCUCCCAAAUUAGUAAGCUAUGCGAGUCUGGAAAUCUUUCUGCCGCUGCUAGAUUGCUUCAAUUCUUAAGGGAGAGAAACAUUUUUACCGCCCCAAACUUGUACAAUACCCUCAUGGAAGUAGCAGGUCGAAGAAAUGAUGUUGAAAUUUUGUGCCAGGUCUUCAAAGAUCUAAUUCUGUAUUGUAAAUCCCUUCCCUCAACUUGUUAUCUUACUCUAGCACGGGCUUUCUCUAGGAUAAACGAGCCUCUCUGUUUACUUCAACUUACCACAGAAAUUUCGGAGCUAAAAUAUCCAAGCAAUACUCUAGUUCUGAACAGACUCAUCUCUGCCUUUGCUGAGUGUGGCCAGUCGGAUAAAGCCCUUAUGAUAUUUGAUGAGAUAAAGAGUCUGAAGUGUGAGCCUGAUCUGGUCACCUACAAUACUAUCAUGGAUAUGCUAGGUCGUGCUGGUCAGACUGAUGAAAUGCUCAACAAAUUUGCCUCUUUAAAGGAUGCAGGGAUUAUCCCGGAUUUCGUGUCUUUCAAUACGAUAUUGAAUCACUUAAGGAGGAAGGGGAGACUGGAUUUGUGUUUGGUAUACUUAAAGGACAUGUCAGCUAUUGGAAUUCAACCAGACUUACUCACUUUUACUGCUUUGAUUAGUAGUUUUGGACAAUCAGGAAACAUUGAGGAAGCGUUGAGACUCUUCAAUGAGAUGAAGAUGAGACAGAUCCGCCCUUCUGUUUAUGUUUAUAGGUCACUAGUUAACUGCUUGAAGAAAAUGGGGAAGCUAGAGUUGGCAAUGACCAUACUAGAGGAGAUGAAUGCAUCUACAGGGAAUCUUGCCGGUCCAAAGGAAUUUAAGUGGAAAGGAAGAUAGAUAGGAACUAAAUUUUCUAUUUGGUUGUUCUGGGUUAUGGUUUGAUCUGAGUUCCUUAGCUUCAUCAAUUUUGCUGCCUAAGGAUAGAGGUUCAACUUUUUUGAAUGCUUGGCUAGAUACUGCCAGUGAUAGGAGCUAGGAAAAACCUCACGUAACUCCCAGUUCAUGCUAUGACCCUUGGGGACACUGCAUUUUGUGGUUGUUUGUUUCUCAGCUGAAGCAACACCUCUUGAACCAUCCAUACUUCCCAGGCUUGCCCAUGGUAGUCGUGAAACUAGAUGAAGCAAUGCAAAGAGCAAACACUGCAGAGAUUGAUAACCCGGUUCUUCCAUAUGUGAAGUACUUGGCAGUUGAAAACAUUGGUCACAUUGGCCUUCCUGAUGUCCCCGUCAUUAGUGGGUAUUAAUGUUUGCGUGCUUUAUUUGAUUGGAAAUGUAUGAACACGAGAUUAAUGGACUUGAUGGUGGUGGUGUGUGGGGACAAAAUCCUGGUAUUCACUUUAAAAGAAUUAAUUCCUACCGUGAUAUAUUUAUAUGUUUCUAUGGCGUCGGGGAGUUCUCAUAUAUGUUUCCUGACGUGAAGACCUGCAAUGCUGAUGAUAAAACUUAGCGGGAGCAUUGAGGUCUUUAUUGUUUAAUUUUGAAUUUGCGAUGAUGCAGAGAGAAUCUGCAGUUACUGCAGCAGUUCUCGAAGUUGAGUUCAGUUUGGUGUUUUAAUGAUUGCUGCCUUCCUCAUUCAUGUGAAAGGAUGAUAUCCAAUACUUGUAUAUCACAGUCAAAAUGGUUGCUUUUGCUCUUGAAGGUUGAGAAGUCUUCAAUGUUUUCAAGUGGAAAGAACCCCUGUCAGGUAACUUCUCGAGUUCCUGGUUUAUCUCAUAACCUAUUAAACAUUCGAAUUUUCAUACGGUACCUGUUUUCUUGCCCUUGGUGAUGUGCUCCCUUGUUCACGUUUCCGUCAACACAUUUGUUUGGCAGUUGACGUUGCUCUUUAGUCUAAUGCUUACUCAUUAUCAUUGGUUUCUGGAUUACUUCUAUCUUCUUCUUUUGGAUGUAUUGCUUUUCUGGGGUGUCUGCUGCUGAUAAGUGAUAAAAUAACGGUGACUAACUCCCUGCCACGAGUGAUGGCAUGAAGCUGGAAAUCCAGUGCACUCCAGCUCAAGCAAAUUUGGCUUUGGGCCAGAUGAUGAGACAAGUGAUUUUCGUUUACUAUUUGCGAAAGCAAUGGAAGCAUGCCACAUGUAACACUCUGAUACAUUAUAAUAUCCCUGUAUCAAAGAAAAAUAGUAGUUUUUCUUCGCCAAUCUCAAAUGCAGAAGCAGAGCAGCAAGCAGAGGAGCAUCUUUCAAACCAGUCGACCGUUGGACUGAAGACGACGCCAUGUCGGGAAGAACUAAGCGUUGAAGUGAAGACGGCGCCGUAUCCAAAGGAAACUCCGCCUGCGACCAAGACGACGGCGUAUAGGAGCUGGAGCCAAGUUGUGUCUGGCGAAUUACCAAACUGAUGCUCAACUUCUUAUUUUGUCCAAUUUCCCAAAUCGGAUUGUACUUUCUUCUUUCCCAAGUUUGUCUUCUUUACUUGUUCUGUAGACCAACAACUUGUCAGCUAUAUAAGCUGAAGAAAGGCAAUGAGAACAA